AUGCAACGCUUGAGAGAGUUUAUAGCGGAGCAAGUGCAAAAAUUUGGCCGUGUAGCCUCUGAAGAUGGGUCUCGCGACGCAAUCGAGCCCGGAUGCUUAGCAUCUGUUGACUGCCAUCCUAGUAGCCGAAGUCCAAAACAGCGUAAAACUGGGGCUCGACGUGGCAAUACUCAUACACUUUCGUCUUCAUCAAAUAUUCUUGGAGGGGAUCAUGAUGGACAGGGACGAGGUUCUUCUAGUAGUAAAAGUACAAAUCCAGCUGCACCACACCGUGUGACAGUUGAACAAGACGAAGCGAAACUGCUUGACCACGAUUGCUAUUUCCACAGCAAAGCCACUCUACUGUUAGUUCCAGCCCAUCUGGUCGACCAGUGGGAGAGGGAAAUCGUGAAAUUCCUGCCAGCACGCAAAUGGACCGUGCUUGUGCUGCGGAAUAUUAACCCUCUACGUCUCCUCACAGUCGGUGAUAUCCAACGCGCAGACUUGGUGAUCUGCACUUAUCGGAUGAUAUUUUCGGAUCUGUACCAGCGACAACGACUC